CCCGAUAUCACUCGCAUGGCGCACGGGUAACCGGAUCAGCUUUGGGCAGAAACGAGGCGGGGUGACCGACUAAAGGAAUCUGAGGUGAAGAAUAAAAACAAUGUCUGUUUCCUCUAGUGAAGUGACAGUGGCAGGCGAGAUCGAAAAGGAAAAUGUGAAGUACGCGGAGCCUCUCGAGAGCUCCACGGACAGUCGGGGGCACGUCAAACUCCUCAUUCUGGACACUCCAGUGGCCACCGGGAUGCUCGUCGGGCAGCAGCAGACCUCUCCACCGGAGCGCAAGAUGCCCACUAUGGACUCUUUGUCUGCGCACACUUCACCCGCAGCAGCCGCGGCCUCUUUGGCUUUCUCACCGGAGCAGGUUGCAUGUGUUUGCGAGGCGCUUCAGCAGGGGGGCAACGUGGAUCGACUCGCCCGGUUUCUGUGGUCUCUCCCGCAGAGCGACUUGCUGCGCGGUAACGAGAGUAUCCUCCGCGCUCAGGCGCUGGUGGCCUUCCACCAGGCGCGCUACCAGGAGCUUUACAGCAUCUUGGAGAGCCACAGUUUCAGCCCCUCAUGCCACUCUGCCCUGCAGGACUUAUGGUACAAAGCCCGGUACACGGAGGCGGAGAAGGCCCGCGGUAGACCGCUGGGCGCAGUGGAUAAAUAUCGCCUGCGACGGAAGUUUCCCCUGCCCCGGACCAUCUGGGAUGGAGAGGAGACGGUGUACUGCUUCAAAGAGCGCUCCAGGAACGCGCUGAAGGACCUCUAUAAGCAGAACCGGUACCCAUCCCCGGCCGAGAAAAGGAAUCUGGCCAAGAUCACAGGACUGUCCCUCACACAGGUCAGCAACUGGUUCAAAAACAGGAGGCAGAGAGACAGAAACCCGUCAGAGGCGCAGUCCAAAAGUGAGUCAGAUGGAAAUCACAGUACGGAGGAUGAGAGCAGUAAAGGUCAGGAGUCUCUGUCCCCAUGUCCGAUGUCAACCUGUGCUGACGGGACCAUGGGCAAUGUAGUUGUGCCUCUCUGCUCUGGAGCUCUGGAGGCCGGGGUCAUCGUCCAACAGGCUGGAGACAGCAGGACCUCUGUCUCGCCACCGUCCGUCAUAUUUAACGGAGUCUCAGUCAACACUCCCACCUCUGUUUUCCACAACGGCACCCCUUCAUUACUCCCCACCACAGGACAUGUCCUCUUCAGCGGCAUGAACUUGGGACUCCAGUCCCUGGCUUGCAGAUCAAUGGCAGAUGUGGAGAUAGAUGGUACAGGACAGGAUAAAGGGGUAAUGGCAGAACCUGCACUGGCGUACCCCUCAUUUCACUGCAAUGUGAAUGGGACAGACAUAGAGGUGAAAGCAGAGGAUGUGAGGCAGGAUGUGUCGGUCCAGGACCAGACCACGUCCAUUAGCUCGGCAUUCACUGUCACCCCAUCCAACGGCUUGCAGCUUGAAGGUUACAACUUGGUUCCUGAAGGCAAUGGGACCUCGCUGCUUAGUAACAAGAUGGCACUUUCUCCCUUGCAACUCUCAUCAUCUUCUUCACCCUCAUCAGUCACACAAGGCGUUGCUGAUGGCAGUUCUCCUGCUCCCGCCUCUCUGUGCCACAACCAGGUGGAGAAGCAGUACAGGCUACAGCUGACCUCUCUUGAGCCCAGCACAGCACUCUACAGCCUAAGUAGCGUACACACACUGUCUGCCGUGAAGAAGGAACCUUUGGAGACUCCUGGUGGAUACCUUUACCACCUGAGUUACAGUCCUGACCCCACCCACAGCUCCCCCACCACACUUAACACCACCAUGACAACCACCCAGCAAGACUACACCACUCUCACAGUGGGCGCACCCUUACUCGCCCAAACGGACCUUACCAGUGAGUUCAGAGGUCAUGAUGCCCAGAUGACCUCAAACCUAAAUGGAGACUUCCUAUGUGCGGUUUCAGAGGGAGGGAAGGGAGAGAUGAGAGAAGUGGAAGAUGAAGGGGGAAAACAACUGACAAAACUAAAAACAGUGCAUAUAGAGCAAGAGAUGACUGACCUCUGAAUGUAAGUGGAGAAAGAGGUAAAAUACUUUUUACAGAAAAUCACAACAUUAUUUUGAAUUAUUGAUUGAGGGUUUUUUAUGUUUUCAGCCUCUGAAUGUUUUGUAUUAUUCUGAAUUAUUUUCAGAUGUAUUAUUCUGAAUUAUUUUGGCAAAUCUGUCACUUGCUUGGACUCCAGGUCGAUUUGGAGAAUCUAUGCAAAGCCAUAUUUGGAGAACACAGUUUUUUAAAGUGUCCCCC